UUUGGAUUCUCAUAUUCGAAUUUACCCCAAGAAAAAAACAGGUUUUUGAGAGAGAGAAUCUGUUCCUUUCUCUAUUCUUUUCGUUGGUGAAGUGACUCCGUCCUGUAUUCACAGAGAAAUAGAGGGAGAGAGAACAAGAACACCCACAGAGAGAGAGAGAGAGAGAGAGAGAGAGAGAGAGAGAGAGAUGGAGUUGACACAGAUGCAGAGGAGCUUACUCGACUACACAAAGACGUUGUUCGAGCAGGGGGUUUUGGACAGCCAGUUCUUGCAGCUGCAGCAACUUCAAGAUGAAAGCAACCCAGAUUUUGUCGCAGAAGUCGUCAAUCUCUUCUUCCAAGAUUCUGAAAGGCUUCUCAAUGAUCUCACCCUUGCCCUAGGUCAACCAGCAGUAGACUUCAAAAGGGUUGAUGCCAAUGUUCAUCAACUCAAAGGCAGCAGCUCCAGCAUAGGAGCUCAGAGAGUUAAGAACGCAUGUGUCGUUCUUCGUAACUCCUGCGAGGAACACAACUUAGAAGCGUGCCAUAGAUGCCUGCAGCAAGUGAAGCAGGAGUACUGUCUUGUGAAGAACAGGUUGGAAACGCUGCUCAAGCUGGAGCAGCAGAUCGUGGCGUCUGGUGGGUCGAUCCCUGCAAUGGAGAUUGGUUUCUGAAAUCUAAUAAUGGUUAGAUCGUUCUGCUGCUUCACUUCCAUGGUUGUUGGAACUAUUGGAACCCUUUGUCUUUUGUGUUCUGUCGAAACUCUCUCUCUGUGUUCUUGUGUUGGAUGCAAUCUAUUCAUAAAAACCCUACUAGGGUUUUCUUUAAUCCAACUUGCGGUAAAAUUA